GGAUUUUAAAAUGAAAAUGAACGUAAUGACCGUUUUGUUAUUCGUACAAACGUAUUUUUACUGAAAUUUAAAAAAUUGAACUUUAAUGACCGUUUAGUACUAAGUGACAAAUUGUUUGACUGUUUAUCAUAACUACCAUAAAAACAUUGAAACAUAAGUGGUACCUUGUUUUCAGAUACACUCUUGAAAAUAAUCACCACAGUUACAAGAAAUGAAAUUCUAUUCACAAACACAAUCCAUACCAAACAAACAAGCCGUGAAGCAGACAUCUUUCCUGGAAAAUGUAGGUUACUUGGAAUCUAAUUGUUUGUAUUCUCACUGUAAAAAAAAAAAAAAAAAAUUGUUUGUACUCCAAAGAGUGAUUGAAUGAGAAGCCCGCGGCCACAAACGGCGCCGUCUGCAGGAUGUUGGUUUCUUUCUUUUUCUUUUUCAGUUGCCGAGUCGCUAUCCGUUCGUCUCCUUCUUCUUGCGAUAUAUACCCAAAUAAAGUUAAGAGCCUUGUUCUGCUGUUCAUCGGAAGUUCCAUGCUUUUGCUUUGUCUGCUUCUGCUGCUGAAAGAAACGGAAUCUUAUGCAAAACUAAGCCUGAAACCAAAGCUUGCAUCUGCUCGGGUCACCAUUCUAGGUAUCUUUGCCUUCUCGCUUCUCAUUUCAAUGAUCAGCCUCUAGGCUAGAUCUCUAAAAUACCUCACUCGCUUCUUUUGUUUUGCUAUUUAUUGUUUCCCUGCCAUGGCCACUUCUUGAACUUACGAGUUGGGUAGUUAUGGAGUUUCUACUAAGUUCGUGUUAGAAAGUUGGUGCAUUGUUAAUGGAAGUUCAGAUCUCGCCUUCUCCUAACUCUGCAGGUGCUUACAAUACAUGCAGGAUCUCUCUUCUACUUUUAUAGCCUUUAGGCUACCAAGUUUGUUCUGCAGUCAUGUUUGCCGUUCUUGACCUUAAUUUGAAGGGAAUAUAAAUGUGGUUUGCUGGCAAUUUUAUUUCUUUUUGUGGUGGGUUUGAUUUUUGGUGGGUCUAGGGUUCUGUGUGUAGUUCAUAUAGCUGCUGUUGGAAGUUGGUGGCAUCUCUAUAUGCUGAGAACUGAAGUUUUGCAUCUCUCCAGUCCAGCAGUUUAUGCCAUUUUGCCAGCAAGUCUUAUCUUUUCCUUUUGAUGGUUAUGCAGAGAUUAGAGUCCUGGAGUUGUCUCAUUAACCCUUUAACCAAUGGGGAAAUCUCCAGGGAAGUGGUUGAAGUCCUUGAUUCGUGGGAAGAAGUCAUCAAAAUCUAGUCUUUCGAAAGAAAAGGAUGUUAUAAAACCAAAUUAUGGAGAGCCAUUAGUUCCCUCGAAGGCACCUUUAACAGAUUGGGUAGGAAAUCCUGAAACACGCACAGUUGCUCAGUCAGUUCCGGGAGUUGGAGUUGGCAGUGGAGUGACUUCGGAACAUGCUGCAAUCACCGAGCCACGGGCUGAGAAGGUUGCUAUUGUUUGUGAAAAGGAAGGUGAAAAUGGGAGUUCGGCAACAAGUUCAGGUAAUGCUUCUGAGACAGUGAGGCUUCAGGAAGCUGGAGUGGUGGCACAGGCAGAUGUUAGAGGCGAUCUGGACCCUCAUGAAUCUGAAGAGCAAAGACAUAUAAUAAAGUUGCAGGCAGUUAUCCGUGGCCAAUUGGUCAGAAGGCAAGCUAUAGCUACCUUAAAUUGUGUAUUGGCCAUUAUAAAGUUUCAAGCACUUGUUCGAGGUCAAACUGUUAGAUGUUCAAGUCUUGGAAUUGAAGUGCAGAAGACUAUCAGCCUUGAGAAACUUCUGGCUUCAAAUGCUGCUCAAGGAAAUCCUAAAUGCACAUUAUUAGGACAGAAAUUUGAGAAUGCGUUUGUUAGAAAGCUUUUAACUUCAACAGCUACCGCAAUGCCUCUAUCCCUCAAGUAUGCUCCUGGGGAACCCAAUUCAGCCAUGAUGUGGCUGGACCGCUGGACAAAGUCAGACUUCUGGAAACAUAUUUCACAACGGAAGAUCAAUCUAGAAUCAAACUCCAGGACUAAGCAAGAUAGUGUACAAAAAGUUGAAACUCAACGAGGCAGACAAAAACAAGCUGCCAGAAAGUCAUCUAGUCUUAAUGUUGCCAAUGGCAUACAUGGGAAGCAUUUGGAGUCCAACAAACCAAAACGCAAUCCUAGAAAGUCUGCUAGCCCUACUGUAGAUGCGGCUGACAACAAGCAUCCAGAAAAAGAAAUAGUUAGGGUAAAACACACUUCGAGAAAGGCUUCUGGACCUGCAAAAGAAGCUGUUGAAAGAGUUGAAGAUAUUAAGCCAAAGCUCAGUUCAAAGAAGACAUCUGGUACUUGUGCCCUUGAGGCUUUAGAGCAGCUGGACAGCCAUGUUUCUGCUGAUGUGGCAAAAGAUGUUCCAGUAGAAGUUUCAGGUGAAGAAGCUGAUGUAAUCCCAAGUACAAAACUGAACACCACAGAGGAUAUGUCAGCUCCAGAGGUCAAUGGGGUACUUACUAAUGUCGAAGAGAACAAUAAUGUACUGUUGGAUCCACAUGACGGGCUUACAGGAAGCGAGAACCUGAAAACAAGCCAAAGAAGAGCUUCAUUGCCUGCCAAUACUGACCAACAGGAGAAUGGUGGACUUGGGAUACCCAAACGUCCAAGUUAUAUGGCACCAACUGAAUCUGUGAGGGCUAAGCUGAGAGCCCAAGGAUCCCCAGUGUUUGCACAAGAUGUAGUUGUGGAGAAGGAUGGUACAGCAACUAGACGACAUUCGCUGCCAUCUUCCAUCAAUGAGAAGUGUGCGUCCAUGUCACCAAGAGCUCAUAAUAGACCUGUCCACUCAGCAAGUAAAGGGUUUAUCAGGAGCGACAGAUCUCUAACCACUUCCAGAGACGGCAGUGUUUCAGACAGGAUGAUUAGACCCGAGUGGAGAAGGUGAUUUGGAAGGAGUUGUGUUCUGCAUGGAUGCUACUACAUCGUGCUUGGGAUUAAAGAGAAAAAGCUGUCGAGUUGAAUAUGUUCUGAGGUAGAUGUAAUUAGAGGUUGAUAUGUGAAGCAUUUUGUGUUUAUGUUUGUGAUUAUGAUGUUUAGGGUGAAUAGCUACUGGCCUUAACAGAUGCUAAAACAUCAUGCUUGUCUUUUGUUUGUCAUAUAUUAGAUGUUUUUGACAGAAAAACUUCCAAUUUCAAAAUCUAUUAUGUUUUCUGGGAAAAGGUUAUCUUUAAAAUCACCAUUUGCCUCCACAGUAUCAGUGAAUAGAUGCAAAAAAAUGGGCGAGAUGAGAAAAUUGUGGCGCAAUGAACCUGGGGUGUAACUUCACUUCUCUUGAAGGGAGAAGAGAGAUUUGAACACGAGACCUUUAGAGGACGGGACGAGAAGAUCAUUUGAUGAAGCAAAUGUUUGUUGAGACCUCUCUCUCAAUCUAAUCAUUGUCAAAUGGCCUCCUAGAGUUCCCCCAAACACUUCAGUGGGUCAAAAGACUCUAAAGUCCCCAAUGAAGUGGUCAAGGGAAC